AUGACGUCCUUCACAAGCCCUUCCGACAAUGGCCUGGGAUCCCUGCCUGUCAGCUGUCCACCAGAGCUAUCUAAAGAGGCAUUGUCUAAGUUCCCAGCUUUUCGCGUCUGGUUUGCGACACUGCAACGGUCUCUAGCCCGCCAAAAUCACCCUUCGCACGAAUUCCAUAAUGACCCAUAUGUUCUGCGGAAGAUUGAUGUGCAAGCUGUGGAUUUCUUCGGGGCUGGUAAGCUAGGUUUCGUGAAGUUAAAAGCUGAAGUAACCAAUGCCGGCGGCGAAAAGCUUCCUGGAAGUGUCUUUUUGCGAGGUGGAAGCGUUGGGAUGCUGCUUCUACUUCAACCGGACGAUGUUCCUCCAUCAUCAGAAGAUCAUAAGUGGGCAGUCCUCACAGUACAGCCCCGUAUUCCCGCCGGAUCCCUCGCGUUCUCCGAGAUCCCAGCAGGUAUGCUUGAUGACAGCGGCACGUUUGCAGGUAAGGCGGCGGAGGAGAUCCAGGAAGAAACAGGCUUGACGAUACCUCAGAGCGAUCUGGUGGAUAUGACAUCAACUGCACUGCAAUCGAUAGACAAACCUGCGGAGGGCGAGACACUGCAGGAUGCUGUAUACCCGUCGGCUGGAGGUAGUGAUGAGUUUAUACCCUUGUUUUUAUGCGAAAGGCGGUUUCCGCGUAAGGAAAUUGAGGCCUUACAAGGGAAAUUGACGGGCCUUCGACAGCACUCGGAGAAGAUCACCUUGAAACUAGUACCAUUGAAGGAUCUGUGGAAAGAGGGCGUACGAGACGGCAAAACUCUCGCGGCUUGGGCGCUAUACAUGGGUUUGAAGAGAGAGAACAGACUUUGA